AUGCGUCUUCUGCAGUUGAAGGCCGAUGACAGCCUCAGCCUUGUCGAAUUCAUGGACAGAGAUCCCGAGACUUAUGCCAUUCUCUCAUAUACCUGGGGCCCGAAUAACGAGGAAAUCACAUGGUUCACCCGAGUAUGGACGCUUCAAGAGCUUCUUGCACCAAACAGCGUGGAACUCUUUUCGCUAGAAGGAAACAUUCUCGGAGACAAGCAUACAAGAGCGCAAGAGAUAUCUGAGGUUAUAGACAUAGCAAUUGAAGCUAUCAGAGGAGAGCCUAUGUCUCAAUACAGCGUUGGAGAAAGAAUGACAUGGGCCAAAAGAAGAACGACUACGCGCAAGGAAGAUGCGGUAUACUCUCUGCUAGGAAUCUUCGAUAUCCAAAUGCCUCUCUUAUACGGCGAAGGCGAAGAGAAAACUCGUAGACGACUACACAAAGAAAUAAGAGAAUUUUCAACAGAUACUUCAAUGGAUACCAAAGACCUUGCUAGAGAGGUACAGAUUAGCAAAAUACACCGGUGGCUGUCACCACCGGAUCCAUCAGUCAGCUACCAGAAGGCUCUCAGACAACGGCAGCAUGGCACAGGCCUCUGGUUUCUAUGUGGAGAACAGUACAAGAUCUGGAAGACAAGCGCUGCAUCAUUAUUGUGGCUGUAUGGCAUUCCAGGCUGCGGCAAGACUAUCCUUGGCAACAUCGUGGCGUACUUUUACUUCGACUUCAGCGAUGUGCAGAAGCAGAACGAGGAGUGGAUGCUGCGCUCGUUGUUCUGUCAACUCUUACGUCACACUGAGGGCUCAUCUCCCAAAGUUGAGGAUUUCUAUACCUCACACGGAAACGGGGCCACACAGCCUUCGCUUGAUGCACUCCUAGAUAUGUUGCGAGCGACGAUAGAGCAAUUACCACAAGUCUAUGUCGUGCUUGAUGCAUUGGAUGAGUGUAGCCAACGGGAUGAUUUGAUGGAGAUCAUCGAGACUGUAACUAGAUGGGACCUUCAGAACAUGCAUCUCAUUAUAACGAGUCGGCGGGAGCGAGACAUCGAAAGUUCACUAGAUGGGCUUGUCGAUACACAUAAUGCCAUCUGCCUCCAGAGCGACGAGGUGGACAAAGAUAUACACCAGUACGUUCGGCAGCGCCUCUCUGAUGACAAAGGCUUGAGUAAAUGGGCAAGAGACGUCACACUCCAGCAAGAGAUCGAGACUGCCAUAUUGAAGGGUUCCAAGGGAAUGUUUCGACGGGCUGUGUGCCAGCUUGACACCCUAGGAAAAUGCCGUAACCGAGCAAAGCUACGGACAGCGCUCGCGACAAUAUCGUCAACACUAGACAAGACAUAUGAGCGUGGCGUUUUCCGAAGACCACUAUCGUUGGACGAACUCGCAGAAGUGAUCGCCAUCGAUGUAGCACGCAAACCGGCAUUUGAUAGCGACGAAAUACUAGAAGACCCUCAAGAGGUUUUCAAUAUCUGCUCUAGUCUUGUGACUAUCUCAACAGAAACUACGCACUAUCGAGGUACCCUAGAAGGACCAUAUACUAGCUCAACAAGGCAAGUGGUUAUACUUGCGCACUACUCCGUCAAGGAAUACCUCUUCCAGGAUCCUAGAAUCAUGGAUCAAGAUGUUCUAAGUCAGUACCCACUAGCAAGCUACUCCGCGGAAUACUGGGCAAACCACAUCAACAGAUCCGAACAUCCCUCGGCAUCGACUAGCUCAGCCGCACUACGACUACUGUCAAAAGACAACAUUGCUUACUUGAUUUGGAAUCGCAUAUGUGAUGGAUUCAGUCACUUUUCUACGCCAGGCCACAAAGGAGAUUUAAAAGAUCCCAUAUAUCAUGCUUCUAGCUUGGGUCGUGAAGAGAUAGUGAAGUUGCUACUCGAGCGAGACACUGACAUCAACGGAGGACAUCAAGACCUUGGGGGCGCUCUUGUUGCAGCUUGCGAAAUAAGUCACGAGGCAAUAGUGACUUUGUUGCUCAAUCGAGGGGCUGACCCCAAUAGCAAUUCAGAUGGCUAUACUGCUCUUAAAAGGGCUGUGGAUUCCUGCCACAAAGCAAUAGUAAAGCUGUUGAUCAACCAAGGCGCUAGUGUGAAUGAUUUGGACGGAAACAGUUCUGCUCUUGUGCGCGCUGUGACAUUGAACGAGAGAGGGAUAUCAGAAUUAUUACUUGAUGGGGGCGCUGCCUUGAAUGAUGGGUAUGGAGAUAGUCGAGCUCUUGAGGAAGCCACAAGCUGGGGCGAUAAAGAGAUGGUGAAUCUAUUACUCAGUCGAGGUGCUUCUGUGGGAAACACGAACGGAAAAAGUUACUCUCUCGAAGAGGCUACAAUGAUGGAUAGAAGGGAGAUUGUAACGUUAUUGCUCGAUCGGGGUGCUUCUGUGAACAAUACGAACAGAGAAAGCAACCCUCUCAAUACGGCUAUAUUGCUAGGCAGAAAGGAGAUAGUAGCGCUAUUUCUCGAUCGAGGUGCUGCUACUAACUGGGAUGAUGGAACUAGUGCUCUUGAGAUAGCACUAAAAUCUCCCUGUGAGGAGAUUGUAGUGCUAUUACUUGAUCGAGGUGCUGCAGAUAACGGGCCAGAUGGCUGUAGUGACGCUCUCGAUGUGGCUUUGAAACGCGGAAAACAGGAGCUAGUGGAUCUGUUGAUAGCAAACGGGGCGAAGCUAAGACCUAACAACGACAUGGAUAUGGAUUUCAAUUAA